GGUGGGUUCGCCUCAGGUUCGAGUUGGCUGGCCAGGAUGGGAGUUGCCACAAACCACUUAAUCUUACGUGGCAAUUUAUUUAUUUUUUAGUAAAAUCCCUUCUCUUCCCUUCUCGUCCUCCAAUUCGGGCAAGCGCCACGAAACACGGCGUCUGCACAUAUUUACAGAAUUGCGGACACCACCGAAUGCACUCUUCUUUCUUUGGUUUGUGAAGUGAAGAGCCAACGCCUCAACAGUGAACCUUGUUCAUGGUCCACGCAGCGUUUCAGGGCAGGCACUGAACGAUCUACUCCUUCGUUCAUCUGCGGCUGAAAACGCUUAAGAAGAAUGCCAGGAGUCAGAAGUCCUGCCCCUACAGAUUAUUCGCAAGAACCCUCUCGUCACCCUUGCCUGAAAAUCAAUUCCAAGGAACCUUUCAAUGCCGAGCCACCACGUUCAGCCUUGAUUUCGUCCUAUGUGACUCCCGUGGAGUUUUUCUACAAGAGAAACCAUGGUCCAAUCCCCAUAGUUGAUGACAUUGAGAGAUAUCGUGUUUCUAUCUUUGGAUUGGUGGAAAAUCCCAAGGAGCUCUCCAUGGCUGAUAUCAGGAAACUACCAAAGUACGAUGUGACCGCCACUUUACAGUGUGCAGGCAACAGGAGGACCGCAAUGAGCAAAGUAAGAACAGUGAAAGGUGUUGGUUGGGAUGUUUCUGCUAUUGGAAAUGCGGUUUGGGGUGGGGCCAGAUUGGCAGACGUUCUUGAACUUGUGGGGAUACCUAUGCUGGCAAUAACCACACCGUCAGGAGGAAAGCAUGUUGAAUUUACUAGUGUGGAUAUGUGUAAGGAAGAGAAUGGGGGUCCAUAUAAGGCGUCCAUCCCUUUAAAGCAGGCAACCAGUCCAGAAGCUGAUGUUUUACUUGCAUAUGAGAUGAAUGGAGAGCCUCUCAAUAGGGAUCACGGUUUUCCGUUGCGUGUAGUUGUCCCUGGGAUUAUUGGUGCCCGCUCUGUGAAAUGGUUGGAUUCCAUCGUAAUAACUGCAGAAGAAUGCCAGGGUUUCUUUAUGCAAAGGGAUUACAAGAUGUUUCCUCCUUCUGUUAACUGGGAAAAUAUUAGCUGGCCAACUCGGAGGCCUCAAAUGGAUUUCCCUGUUCAGAGUGCUAUUUGUUCCUUGGAGGAUGUGAAUCUGGUAAACGAUGGUAAGGUAACGGUUGCUGGAUAUGCAGUAUCUGGUGGUGGGCGUGGGAUUGAAAGAGUGGAUAUAUCAGUUGAUGGAGGGAAGACAUGGGUGGAAGCAUCCAGGUACCAGAAGCCCGAUGCCCCAUACACUGCUGAUGAUAUGUGCUGUGACAAAUGGGCGUGGGUACUUUUUAAGGCCGAGGUCGACAUCCCACAGGAUGCUGAGAUAGUUGCUAAAGCGGUUGAUAUAGCAGCAAAUGUGCAACCGGAAGAUGUGGCUGUCAUCUGGAACUUAAGGGGAAUACUCAAUACAUCAUGGCACAGGGUCAAAGUUUGGGUUGGUCAAGCCAAGCUGUAGACAAGGCCCGGAGAUACAAACUGUAGGACUACAUACUGCUCAAUAUGUCAUCUGUUACAGUUCUCUUCUUUGUUUCUAUAAGAUCUGAGGAAAGAAAUUUAGUUCGGUGAUCUGCGAAAAGGCAACUCAUUCUCCAUAAAAUUAUUUGAUGUUGCUUAGCACCUAUGUUUUGUAUUCUGUAGGAUACGAAACAUUUCUUCUGUACAAGCUGUGCGGGAAAGGUUCUUCUGCUUAUGCCAAUAUGCCUGUGAUGGUACUUAAAAGAACCUCCGAGUUAUAAAUUUCUUUACCUUAUGGCUCUUGGUUUGAUGGCUUUAAUGGAGUAUUUAUAUGUAUACUAUUGCUUCACUCCCAUGUAUCACUUUUCAAUAUUUUAUUGUUAUUCUCAUCAAA